CUUCUACACCCCCGAUAUCACUGCUUUCGUGAAAGAACAGAGAGGAUCGACACCGUUAGCAAAUUUAAAGUGGAUUUCUGUGAUCAGGACCACUCGAGGAGAGACAUGGAAGAACUUACGGCGUUCGUUUCCAAAUCAUUCGACCAGAAAACGAAGGAGAGCAGCAAAGAGAGUAUAACGUACAGGGAAGUUUUGGAGAGCGGCUUAGCGCGAGCCAGGGAGCUGGGAAACUCCGAGACAAACCUUCAGGACAUUACUGAAACGAGCAACCAUUGUCCGGUACAUCUAUUCAAAGAACACGAGCUGGAUAAAGACAAACUGAAGGAGUUUAACGUUUCAAGGGCCUCCGAAGGGAUAUACGAGUGCAAGGAGAAAAAAGAAGACGUUAAAUCCGAGGACGAAGACGCGCAAAGCAAACUGAAACAGAGACGGAGUAGGACAAAUUUUACUCUGGAGCAGUUGAAUGAACUGGAAAGACUGUUUGACGAGACGCAUUAUCCGGAUGCCUUCAUGAGAGAGGAGCUAAGCCAGCGGCUAGGGCUGUCGGAGGCAAGGGUCCAGGUUUGGUUUCAGAACAGAAGAGCUAAAUGUCGAAAACAAGAAAAUCAAAUGCAUAAAGGUGUGAUUCUGGGGACGGCGAGUCACUUGGACGCAUGUAGAGUCGCUCCGUAUGUGAACAUGGGCGCCCUCAGAAUGCCCUUUCAACAGGUCCAGGCCCAGCUGCAGCUGGAGGGCGUGGCCCACUCCCACCCGCACCUGCACCCCCACCUGGCGGCGCACGCGCCCUACCUGAUGUUCCCGCCGCCGCCGUUCGGCCUGCCCAUCGCCUCGCUGGCCGACUCCGCCUCGGCCGCCGCCGCGGUGGCCGCCGCCGCCAAGAGCAACAGCAAGAACUCCAGCAUCGCCGACCUCAGACUUAAGGCAGGAGUACUUGGAGGCCUGUGGUUCAGUCCGUUCCAGGCCCAGAUCACAGCCCCUGGACUGUACAAACCCUGUCCGGAUGUCUGUCUGAAAACCUGCCUUUAACACCAGAAGACUUUAAAAAAAAAAAAAAAAAAGAAAAAAAAAAAACGAAAAGAGAAAUGGGCAAAACGAACUCAGACGUCAGGAAAAAAAAAAACAAACAAAAAAAAACACUAGUGUUUCUGCGGACCCUGAGACGUUUGGAUACCCAGCCUGGCGAAAGGCGGCCAUCUUGGCCUCAUACCACUGUGCUUCUGCCUCUCCCCGCUGCAUGCGUUCGUCAGGAAGGGGAAAAAAAAAAAAAAACAACUCCUUUUUCUGGGGCUGGUCUCCGUCCGUUUUGACUGACACACAUAUGACUAUGUUAAUCACUGCCAUGAAAAGAUUCCACUAUAUUCAACUUCCGCAAAGAGACUGUUGUUUUUCCAUUUCCAUCUUCCGACUGAUGGAGGCUGUGUGCGUGCGCAUAGGACGCAGUAAAAGCCGAGGGGUUUUUUUUUGUUUUUUUUUGUUUUUUCAGCAUACCUGUGUGGGAAGGGGUUUUGCGUGGCUGUGUCUCCGAUGGGUGUGUGUGUGUCUGCAGGCUCGUUGCCAUCUCUCCCGUGUCGUGCUCACCUGGUUUUUUAUUUUAAUUGUGCCGUGCCCAGGGCACGGAGGUGAAAAUAGCCUUUGCACUUCAGGUCUUGUAUCAAGUUGUUUACAAAACUCAUGCUACAAGCAGAUACUACUUUGAAACGAGAGGGUAGAUGAUAAGAGAAGAGAGAAGAGGGGUCUGAUGUCACCAAAAAGGCAUUUACGUCACAUGACAAGGGUCUAAAGGUAUUAAUUCAGCAUCAGUCAAACUGAAAUGCCAUUGUGUGCAGUUAAGUGCAAUACUGUAAAUAUAUACGAGUCAAAAUAGCGGGAAAUUGUUAAUGGGGGGGGGAAAAACAGUGAUUUUCCAUCGCUUUUAUCCGAUCUCUUUGCCAAACAGAAUUUUUUGAAAGAUGUAGUAAAUGGUAUGAAUUCAUCUGCAGUUUCAUGCCAUAACUCCCAGGGUUGGAAGGUCCUUAGUUUAGCACACGCGCAGAAACGAUGAUAACUUGUUGAGGUAGAUGAGAGCGCUUUUAUUCGAUGCUGUUCAUUGACAAUGGAUGGACUAGGAUCUGAAAGAGUUCUUUGACAUCUGGUCUAAAGUAUUGACACAAACGCAACAACGUUUUUAGCCACCAGAAGCCAACAAGUCUCACAUCUGAUAUUUGAUCCCAGAUGGUACUGCUGUUUUUAUAUGCCAAAAGAAAUACAUAAUGUGAUUACCAAUAAAACUUUUUUUCCCAUAUCCUAAGAAUACACUAAAGCUCGCAAAUCACUUCAUAUCACUACCCAAUAAACACAAUUUUUCUUCAGUUGCAUUCGUAGAAACUCCAUAUAUUAAAAAAAUAUAUAUUUUAAAAACAUUAACAUCGAAUUAGUUAUUGUUGGGAAACAUGUUGUCAAUACUUUUGAACUCAAAAUGAUCCUAGUAAGGUCUACCUCUAACAAUAUAUUAUUCAUUGCAAAUCCUUUUUUUUUUUUUUCUUUUCUGGAUCACACACCACCCUGACAAGUGUUAAGCAAUGUUUCCAUGUUAAAUAAUUUCAUGGUUGCUUUUAUUUAUUAUUUCGUUUGAAAGAUUAUAAAUGAAAGAUUAUGUCUAA